UGCCAGGCGCCGCUGCUCCCUGCCAACGACUCUUACCACGGCCGAAACUGCAGCGCCGAGGAAUGGAUCUACCAAGAUGCCACCCCCCUCUCCGGGAAGAUCGUGCUCGCCGUCGUCCUGGCGCUCGUCACCCUGGCCACGGUGCUUUCCAACGCCUUUGUCAUCGCCACGGUCUACCAGACGAGGAAACUCCACACGCCGGCCAACUAUCUGAUCGCCUCGCUGGCCGUCACCGACCUCCUCGUCUCCAUCCUUGUCAUGCCCAUCAGCACCGUGUACACUGUGACCGGCAAGUGGACGCUGGGCCAGGUCGUCUGCGACAUCUGGCUGUCCUCGGACAUCACCUGUUGCACGGCGUCUAUCCUGCACCUCUGUGUCAUCGCCCUGGACCGCUACUGGGCGAUCACCGACGCCGUCGAGUACUCCACGAAACGGACUCCCAAGCGGGCAGCGGGCAUGAUCGCUCUGGUGUGGGUCUUCUCCAUCUGUAUCUCCAUGCCCCCUUUGUUUUGGCGGCAGGCGAAGGCUGAGGAAGCCUCUCACUGUGCGGUGAAUACGGACCACGUCCUCUACACCGUGUACUCCACGGUGGGAGCCUUCUACUUCCCCACUCUGCUGCUGAUAGCCCUUUACGGGAGGAUCUACGUGGAAGCCAGAUCGCGGAUUUUGAAGCAGACGCCAAAGAAAGCAGGUAAAAGACUAACGCGGGCUCAGUUAAUCACAGAUUCCCCGGGGUCGUCCUCCUCCGUCACGUCCAUAAAUUCCAAGGCCCCCGAGGGCUCCAGCGAAACGGGCUCUCCCGUGUACAUGAACCAGGUGAAGGUGAAGGUCUCGGAUGCUUUGCUGGAGAAAAAGAAGCUCACGGCCGCUAGAGAGCGGAAAGCUACAAAGACUUUAGGGAUUAUUUUAGGAGCCUUCAUCGUCUGUUGGCUGCCCUUUUUCAUCAUCAGCCUGGUGUUGCCUAUUUGCAAGGACGCUUGCUGGUUCCACAUGGCCAUCUUUGACUUUUUCACGUGGCUUGGAUAUCUCAACUCCCUCAUCAACCCCGUCAUCUAUACUAUGUCUAACGAAGACUUCAAACAAGCUUUCCACAAACUCAUACGUUUCCGAUGCACAAGCUGAAAAUUUGGAAUGCGAUGUGUCCUCCGGGGCUGCCCCCAUGCACGCCCGUGCCCGACG